AUGAACAAGGUUAAGAAGGCCGUUGGCGAUCUCGUCUCCCGCGACGGGAAGCACGACACCACCGUGGACGAAGAAGUCCGACGCCCCGUCACCAACGAACACGUUCGUCCGCACGAGCAGGAGAAGGUGAGGACGGCUGUGGAAAAGGACAUCCACCAGGAUCACCACCACACUACCGUCCAGCCUCUUGAGCAUAAAGAAGUUCUCCCUGAAAAACACCAUGAGAGAGUCCUUCCCACCGAACACCGCUCCUUUGAGCACGGCAGCGACAGGGACGUGAGUAACUUCCUCGAGCGUGACGCCGCCAAAUACCAGGACGCCUCCGUCACCCACGACAAGACCCACGAGACCCAUGCCGAAGCGCCCGUCGUCGCCGGCGAGCGCGUCCACCACCACGUCCAUGAACACGUCCAGCCCGUCAUCCACAAGGAGACUGUGGCACCGGAAGUCAUCCACACCACUGCUCCCAUCCACGAAACCCAUCAGGCUGCGGCCGUGCAUCAUGGAACCAAGGUCUUGCCUACGAAGACUUUGAAUGAGUUCACGGGGGGUCAGGGAGUGCCUGAGAGCAGAGGUCAUCGGAUGAAGGAUCAGUAUGAGGGCUGUCCGACAUUCGAUGGCAAGGACUUGGAGGGUAACAGGGUUGGUGGCAAUGAAAGGACUGGGUUUAACGAGAGGACUGGUACCAACGAUAGGACUGGUGUUAAUGAGAGGACUGGUGUCAAUGAAAGAGUUGGUGCCAACGAUAGGGUUGGUACUAAUGAGAGGACUGGCGCUUAUGAUAGGACGGGUAGUGGAGGCUUGGGCCGUUGA